AUGGUAGGUCAGAGGGCCCAGCACAGACCAUUCGGCCUCCCACUGCUGAUAGACCUCUGCCUUCUGCAUCUAGGAGCCUCAGGCAAGCCCUACCCAACCCCCCAAACCCCCAAGGGGGAGGCCCUGUCCCUCCAAGGAGUUAGGGGCGGCUCUGUGGAGCUGGCCUGUGGCUCGGGGCCUGCUCCCUUGGUGGUCCUCUGGAGCUUCACCCCGCUGGGUGCCGUGGUUCCUCUGCCUGUGGCUGUCACCGAUGGAGCUUCAUCCAAGGUGGAGGCUGAGGCUGAGGCUCUGGGAGUUGUGAAUCUGCAGAACAGCAGCCUGGUGCUCAGGGAGCUCAGGGAGGGUGCCCGUGGCCACUUCCUAUGCCAGGCUCUGCAUGUGUCUGGUGAUGAGCUCCACAUCAGCUAUUCCUACCUCACGCUGGCCGUGCUGGUGCCUGUAUCCAAGCCUCGGGUGCGGCUGAGUGACCCGUCCCCGGUGGAAGGAGCCUCUGUGGUGGCCACGUGUGCAGUGCGGGAGGGCACAGAGCCCGUGACCUUUGCUUGGCAGCAUCAGGUACCCCACAGCUCUGGGGAGGUCCUGGUGGGGGUCACAGAGCCGCUGCUCUGGCUGGACCCGGUCAACCGGACACACCUGGGCUGGUAUGUGUGCAGCGCCUACAAUGCUGUCAACGGGCUGAGCAGUGAUGGAGUCUUCCUGGAUGUUGUCUAUGGCCCGGAUAAGCCUGUGAUCACUGUGGAGCCCCUGGGAUUCGCAGAGAAGGGGUUUUGGGCCAGUGAGAAGGAGGAGGUGACCCUGAGCUGCCUGGCUGCCUCCAACCCUCCUAGUCACUAUGUGUGGCUCCAUGAUGACACUCAAGUCUGCACUGGUCCCACCUAUGUCAUUGCCAGUGCCAGCCGUGCCCACACAGGCCUAUACACCUGCCUGGCCCACAACAGCUACCUGGACACUCGCACCCAGAGCUCUGUCCAGCUCACUGUCUACUAUCCCCCUAUGGGGCAGCCCUCCUGCGCUGUGCUGCCCACUCUUUCGGCUGUGACUCUGUUCUGCACCUGGCCUGGGGGGCUCCCCACUGCCCAGCUGCAGUGGGAGGGGCCCCACGGGACUGGCCCUGCUGCCUCCAGCAAUGCCACCUGGACUCAUGCAGCCACUGGGCUCCCCAACGGCAGUGUCUUUACCUGCACCGGCCAGCACCCGGCCCUGGCACUCCCCACCAUCUGCAGGACCACAAUCUGGGAGCCUCCUCAGAGCCCUACCUGCCGGAUCUCAGCCACAGUAGAUGAUCAGUUCAUCAUGCUGAGCUGCGAGUGGCCUGGAGGGACGCCCCCUGCUGCACUGCGCUGGUUCGAGGACAAGCAGCAGCAGGCCUUGGGCAGCAGCAGCUCUUCCCCAGCCAUCCAUGUGCUGCAGGCCCAGGGCGACCUGGCUGGCAGAGAGUUCACCUGCCAGGGCUCUCACCCACUCAGGACCCCUGCUGUCCAGUGCCGGCUCCAGCUGGAGGCUCCACAGCUGACAGUGGCUGAGCCCCAGGUCUCAGUGCUGGAGGGGGCAGAAGCCUGGCUGGAAUGUGCUUUCCAGGGUGGAACUCCACCCACCCAGCUCCUCUGGCUGGGACCCCACGGACAGCAGCUGGAGCAGAGCACUUCUGAGUUUGUGCUGCACUCUGAGGGUGCGCAGCUGCGCCUCCAAAUCCAAGAUGCUGACCCAGCACGCCACAGAGGCACCUACCAAUGCAUGGCCCGCAAUGCCGUGGGUAACAGCAGCCAGAGUGUGCUGCUGGAGGUCCUCAGGUAUCCGGCUCCUCCCAAUGUCACCAUCAGGCGCCUGAUCUACCAGCGGCACCGGAGAGAGGUGCAGCUGCAAUGGGCCAUCCAGGGCCCCGGUAACCUGACCGGCUUUCUGGUGCAGCAGAGGGCCAGUGUCCCUAGUCCAGGAGCUGGGGAUUGGGAGACUGCAGCUAGAGACAUUGAGCCAGAGAGCAGGGGCCGACGGCUGGGAGGCUUGGACCCAGGGGUCCUCUAUGCCUUCCGCAUCCUGGCCCUGAAUCACCACACUACUGGACAUCCCUCCGAGGUGAAGACACCAGUGGACCCCCACUUCAGCACCUACCCAGCAGUGCUGGGUGCAGCUGGCACGGGAAUGGUGGUGGCAAUGGUGGCCUCUCUUCUGGUGUUCCGGUAUGCCGCCCGGCAUCCACAGAUUUUCCCUCGCCUUGGCCAGUGGCUUGUUCCCAUGGAGCAAAGGCACCAACAGAGGGGUUCACAGGAAGGCAAUGAGGCAUCAGCAAGCAUUGAAACACCAUCCACCACUCCAAAUUCAGAUCCUGCAGUGGAAUCCACUGAUGCUCCAGUAAACGUCACCAUCACUGUGACUGCAACGCCCUGAAGCCAAAGAGGAAGGUGCACAGCAGCU